CAUGGUGGGUCAUAAUCAUAUUGUUUUCUUAGGAGCUAAAGAAAAUUCCAUUGUCACAAUGGUAAAAUCCACUUUUUUAAGAGGGAUUUGUGUGUCUUUUUGGGCUUGGUUUCUUUGUUUUUCUACAGUUCACCAACCUUGUGUUGAAGCAUGGAGCAAAGAGGGACAUGCAAUGACUUGCAAAAUUGCACAGGACUUGCUGGAAGAGGAAGCAAAACAUGCUGUAAAAAUGCUGUUACCUGACUACGCUAACGGUGAUUUGUCAACGCUGUGUGUGUGGCCGGACCAAGUAAGGCACUGGUACAAGUACCGAUGGACGAGCCCUCUUCACUUCAUCGACACACCUGACAAGGCUUGCAAUUUCAAUUAUCAAAGGGACUGCCACGAUCAACAUGGAGUCAAGGACAUGUGUGUUGCAGGCGCCAUUCAGAACUUCACUAACCAGCUCUCGCAUUAUCGCCAUGGAACCUCUGACAGACGCCACAACAUGACGGAGGCAUUGUUGUUCUUGGCACACUUCAUGGGAGAUAUCCAUCAGCCGAUGCAUGUGGGGUUCACAAGCGACGAAGGAGGAAACACCAUAGACUUGCGCUGGUUCAGACACAAGUCGAAUCUGCAUCACGUGUGGGAUAGAGAGAUCAUCCUUACAGCAGCCAAGGAUUACUAUGGAAAAGACAUCAACCUACUCCAAGAAGACAUUGAAGGAAACUUCACUGAUGGGAUCUGGUCUCCUGAUGUUGCCACUUGGCGGGACUGUAGUAACCUCCUUUCUUGUGUCAACAAAUAUGCAACUGAAAGUAUAAAUAUAGCUUGCAAAUGGGGCUAUAAAGGUGUUGAAUCUGGAGAGACUCUUUCAGAUGAUUACUUUGAUUCAAGAUUACCUAUUGUGAUGAAGAGGAUAGCUCAGGGUGGGGUCAGAUUGGCCAUGAUUUUAAACAAUGUCUUCAGUGAUGACCAAGAUGACUUUAUGGCUGCAACUUAAUCAAAACAAUCAACAUCCAUUUUCACUUCUUUUUAAAGUUUUUUCCAAAUACUGUAAUAUUCUCUAGCCUUGCAAUUAUUAGCACAGAAUGACACAACUGACUAGAUAAGUUAAAAAAAUUCUUUGCAAUUAUUGUCCCCACAUUUGCAAGCUACAUUUAUACUUUUAGUCAACCAAUUAUUAUACACUCCAUACACAUAUAUCUAAUACCAUUGGACACGAGAAUGACAACCAUUAUUGUACAUUGCAACAACCUUACUA